AUGGUGUCCAGCUUGAUGCAAACAUCAGCUGAAUUCCACUUAUGCCAUCUGCUCAAAGUGGGCAUUGGGGGAUCUGGCAUCGGAAGAGACCGUGGACAGAAAGCGAGAGACAACUGGAGACAGAAUGAGACACAAAGACGGCUGAGGGGAAGAGCUGAAUCUUGUGGUGGUCUAGUCCAAGGACUGAAUGGUACCAUAGAGUCGCCGGGUUUCCCCCACGGCUAUCCCAACUAUGCCAACUGUACAUGGCUGAUAAUAACGGGGGAGAGGAACCGAAUCCAGCUAACCUUCGUCACGCUGGCGCUGGAGGAAGACUUUGAUAUUGUAUCAGUUUACGAUGGACAACCGUCGCCUGGCAACUUAAAAAUGAGGUUGUCAGGAUUCAUGCUGCCCUCCCCUAUAGUCAGCAGUGGAUCCAUAUUGGCCUUGUGGUUUACCACAGACUUUGCUGUCAGUGCACAGGGCUUCAAAGCUGUAUACGAAGGUCCUAUCAUUAUCUGUGUGCCCUUCAUUGAGAAUAAUAGGUUGGCGUGUUUGGUCAAAGCCAAUGGAUUCAGCAGGGAAGCUUCUUAG